ACUUUCGCCGUAUUUGCUACCGAAGUGCUGCUACAGUUUCGUUUGAGUUUGUGUGCCUAGGUUUUUGCAUUCAUUUUUUACUUCCACACUAAUUUAACGAGAUCGAAAUCAGUGAAAGCUACGAAACUAAAGAAAUGUCUUUUGAGGAAACAUUGAGUGUUGGGGGGAGCGAGGAAGUGAGGGCAUUGGAGUAUGGUGAUGUGGGUAUAGAGAGUGGGUGGUCUGGGUUAGAGAGGACGAAAGGUGAGGUGGGUAGGGAAGAAAUGGUUAAGGGUGAGGAAGAAGGAAUUCCUUUGAAUGUUUUGGAGGUUGAGGGUGGUGGUGAUAAGUGUUAUGAUAGAGAGGCAGACAUUGUCUCGGAGGUAAUGGGGUAUAAGUCUGAAUUGGUUACUAGGGAUAGCCUUAAUUACUUAGUUGACACUUAUGCCCUCCCAUACCAAGUGUUAAUUAGGUCUGCCGGGGUGGAAGAGAAGGCAUGUUCAGUACCCCGGGAUCAUUGGAUGCCCAUGUACGCACAUUACUUAGCGGUAGGGCUGAGGUUUCCAAUCCUCAAACUGUUGGUUGGGUUAUUGUUGGAGUAUAAUAUAGGAUUAACACAAUUAGUUCCCAAUGCAGUGAGGGAGGAAGAGGUGGAGAAGUUGGUGAGGGAGGGAGAUGACAUUUUGAACAUCAUGUACCUCACUAGCUUGGAUGUCAUAGAGGCUGCUGAGCUUUAUGGGCCAAGCUCGUUGAGGGAAGCUGAGAUGGAUAAGUUUUUGAGCUCUGCUGGGGGGAUAGCCAUCACCAAAAAGCCAAGGAAGAAGUCAAAGACUUUUGAAAACGUUGGGGAAAGAGCUGGAGACAGAGAGAGGGAGAAGAUCUCAAGAAGUGAAGAUCUAGAACCGGCUCAGAAAAAGAAGAAAAAAGUAGGGGAGCUAGAGGUUAGGGGGGACAAGGUGGUAGAGUUUGUACCUCGGCCUCCUCUUGUUGAGCUUGAUCCCGAGCUCAGAGAGACUAGGGUUACAACCCAUGGGAAAGGGAAAGAACUUGUACCCUCUCUUUCUCUACAGAGCAGCCUUUUCGAUGCUAAAAACACGACGGCUGCUAAGAGAUUCAUCAAUUCAACUUUUCCCGAGGUGGAUCGACGUCGGGCUAGGGAAGAGGUGCUGACUCAUGCAGGAGCUACGGUCGUUCAACACGCCUUGGAGGUAUGUUAAGUUGUUUUAUCGUUGUUUGUUGGCUCCUUUUUUUUUUUAUUAUUAAACUUUUGCUUGAAUU